AGCCCCGGCGGGAGCCGGGAAGCGAUUUCUGCCAGCGGGACGCCGGGGAGCCGCCCGCCGCGGCGCGGAGCCUUGGAGGAGCGGGCCGGGAACUGAGGGGGGCGGAGGAGGCGGAGGCGAGCGGGGCGCCGAUGGAGCGGGCGCUGGGGCUGCCCGCAGAAGAGGACCUCUUCCACAAGAGCCUCGCCGCCUCGGCCAAGCGCAUGGAGUCCGCCUUCCGCUCGCCCCCGGGGCUCGACCUCUCCCACCCCCGCGACCGCCAGCCCUCGCCGCUCGCCUGCUACGAGGCGUCGGAGCCCGAGGCGCUGCUGCAGCCCGGAGUCGGCGGCGACCCGCUGGCGCUGCCGCCGGGCUCCGUCUGCGUCAAGUACGGCGAGAGCGCCAGCCGCAGCUCGGUGGCCGAGAGCAGCGGCGGCGAGCAGAGCCCCGACGACGACAGCGACGGCCGCUGCGAGCUGGUGCUGCGCGGCGCCGGGGGAGACCCGCGCGUCGCCUCGCCGGCGGCGGGCGGCGGCGGAGGGGGGGGCGGGGGGCUGAAGGCGGCCGAGGGCAGCUGCUCCAACAGCCACGGGCACGGCGGCAGCAAGAAGUCCAAGGAGCAGAAGGCGCUGCGGCUCAACAUCAACGCGCGGGAGCGGCGGCGGAUGCACGACCUGAACGACGCGCUGGACGAGCUGCGGGCAGUCAUCCCCUACGCGCACAGUCCCUCGGUGCGGAAGCUCUCCAAGAUCGCCACGCUCCUCCUGGCCAAGAACUACAUCCUGAUGCAGGCGCAGGCCCUGGAGGAGAUGCGGCGCUUGGUGGCUUAUCUCAACCAGGGCCAGGCCAUCUCGGCCGCCUCCCUGCCCAGCUCCGCCGCGGCGGCGGCGGCAGCGGCGGCGGCGCUGCACCCCGCCCUCGGCGCCUACGAGCAGGCGGCCGGUUACCCCUUCAGCGCCGGGCUGCCCCCCGCCACCUCCUGCCCGGAGAAAUGUGCCAUCUUCAACAGCGUCUCCUCCAGCCUCUGCAAACAGUGCACGGAGAAGCCUUAAGCGCCGCCACCGCCCCCCGCCGCCGCCGCGGCCCCGGGGAGCGGCGACAGCCGGCGGUCCGGUCCCGGUCCCGGUCCCGGGCCGGGGGGCGCGGAGGCGGCGGAGGGACUGACCGCUGCCC